UCCUCUCUCCAAGAUGGCGGCGCCGGCGGGUGCCUGAAAGAAGCCUGUUACUACGAGAAGGAAGCGAAGCCCUGGCUGCUGCCGGGGAAGGCAGAGAAGACGUCUCCGCCCCGCGCCCUUUUCGCCGCCUAGCCCUCUUCCCCCUCGGCCUUCUAGGAGGAUGGUAAAAUGACCCAAGCGGGGAAGAAGAAGAAAAGGGCCGCCAACCGCAGCAUCCUGCUGGCCAAGAAGAUCAUCAUUAAAGACGGCGGGACGCCUCAAGGAAUAGGUUCACCUAGUGUCUACCAUGCUGUGAUAGUUAUAUUUUUGGAAUUUUUUGCUUGGGGACUCCUGACAGCACCUACUUUAGUGGUUUUGCAUGAAACCUUCCCAAAACAUACAUUUUUAAUGAAUGGCCUAAUCCAAGGAGUAAAGGGCUUAUUGUCUUUCCUGAGUGCCCCUCUGAUUGGGGCUCUGUCUGACGUUUGGGGCCGAAAAUCGUUCCUGUUGUUAACAGUAUUUUUUACUUGUGCACCAAUUCCACUAAUGAAGAUCAGCCCAUGGUGGUAUUUUGCUGUUAUCUCUGUUUCUGGAGUUUUUGCAGUGACCUUUUCAGUGGUGUUUGCUUACGUAGCAGAUAUAACCCAAGAACAUGAGAGAAGCAUGGCUUAUGGCUUGGUUUCAGCUACUUUUGCUGCAAGUUUAGUUACCAGCCCUGCCAUUGGUGCCUACCUUGGUCGAGUGUAUGGAGACAGUCUAGUGGUGGUCCUAGCUACAGCUAUUGCAUUAUUGGAUAUUUGUUUUAUCCUUGUUGCUGUACCUGAAUCAUUGCCAGAAAAGAUGAGGCCUGCCUCUUGGGGAGCACCCAUUUCUUGGGAACAAGCCGACCCAUUUGCGUCAUUGAAGAAAGUUGGUCAAGAUUCCAUAGUGCUGCUAAUCUGCAUAACAGUCUUUCUCUCCUACCUCCCUGAGGCAGGCCAGUAUUCCAGCUUCUUCUUGUACCUCAGACAAAUAAUGAGAUUUUCACCAGAAAGUGUUGCAGCAUUUAUAGCAGUCCUUGGGAUUCUCUCCAUUGUUGCACAGACAAUAGUUUUGAGUUUACUUAUGAGGUCAAUUGGAAACAAAAACACCAUCCUGCUGGGCUUGGGAUUUCAAAUAUUGCAGCUUGCUUGGUAUGGCUUUGGCUCAGAAUCUUGGAUGAUGUGGGCAGCAGGAGCUGUUGCAGCUAUGUCUAGCAUCACAUUUCCAGCCGUUAGUGCACUUGUUUCACGGACUGCUGAUGCUGACCAACAAGGUGUCGUUCAAGGAAUGAUAACAGGAAUUAGAGGACUCUGUAAUGGCUUGGGACCAGCACUAUAUGGUUUUAUAUUCUACAUUUUCCAUGUAGAAUUGGAUGAAAUAGAAAAUAAUGGAGCCACCCAGUACCACCCACAGCAGCAGAACUCCAUCAUUCCUGGUCCUCCGUUCUUAUUUGGAGCUUGCUCUGUAUUACUGGCUCUGCUUGUUGCCUUGUUUAUUCCUGAACACACCAACUUAAAUGUCCGAUCUAGCAACUGGAAAAAACACUGUGGUGGCCAUGGCCAUCCACACAGUCCACAGGCCCCCGGGGAAGCCAAAGAACCUUUAUUACAAGACACAAAUGUAUGACAAGAAAACUCACGGACUCCUAGAGCGAGUUUCUUUUUAUCCUUUUCCACCUGCAGUUCUGGAUGCACAUUCCAUUUCCAUUGAAAAUGUAUUUCUUAAGGUGGUCUUAAGGAAUUUAUCUCUUUGCAUGAAAAUUGUAAGAACCACGAAAAGGAAGUGGGAAAUUCUCCAAAGAAGUUAUAAUUUAAUUUUUUUGUUUAAAAAAACUACUUAGGAUUUUUGCCAUAAAGUCCUAAUGAAAUAUUAAACCCGUACAUCUUAAUUUUUGAAACAAAACUAUAUAUAUUUCAGGUAUUGGCAUGUGUUCCUGCAUCAGUUUCCUGAAGGUGUUAAGCUUUAUUCUCUUCAUGCUGGUCUCAAUGAGACAUACUAGCAAGACUUGGGCACCCAUUUAUUUUAUCCGUAAAAUCUUGGGUCAGAUGAAUUCAAAGCCUUAACAUAGAUGCACUUGACCAAGAAGGUGAAUUGGGUUGACUUUCAAAUCAGUGACUGACAGGCUCUUUUUUUCUUUUUACUAACACAAUCAUGUGUUGAACACACAUCCUGAACAGUACACACUCCUUUAAGUGCAUUAUUCUGCUAAUUCUUUGUUCUUUGAAUUAAGUAUAGUAUCAAUAUGUAGUACUUAAACUAGUGGGUAGUGUGAGCCUAGAAGAUUUUAUUACUGGCUCCAAAAUUCUACCUUCCUAAAUACAAUUUGAUACCACUAUGCUUUGGAUGUUUUGCAUAAGGACCUCAAAACUUGAAUACACAACUCUAAGCUGAUAGCCUUGAAGAUGUCAAUGUGCUCUAUAUUGGAUUGCCACUUCUAUUACUUGAGAGGAUCAGUAGCUAUUGAAUGUGGAGUUAAGGGCAAAUGACAGUUGAUUGCCUUUUCCUACUCCUUUAUUUGUGAGGGAAAUCUGCAGGGUGAGACGUGAAUGGUAAGUACCUUGUCUAAUAAUCGAAGUGGCAAUCCUCACUCUAUAGUGGCCUUUCAGGACUGUCACAAGUAACACUUCAGAGCCAAGGGUUUGUCCUGCAGUUUCAGGACCACAGUACAGGAGAGAGCUUUAUACAAUUACUGAUGUGAAUUUCUCUAAAAGUGUAUAUUUUUGUGUCCAGUUGUAUUAUUUAAGUGUUCCUUUGUAUAAAACGUGUAUAAAGUAUUGUAUAGUUCAAAUGUUUUCAUCUUGUGCUGUGGUUAUUGCUUAAGCUUUUUUAACUUUCACCACGGUUGACUAAAAGCUGGAAAAUAUGUAAAUAUACUGUUAAUAAAGUUGGAUAUUUUAGUGAUUUUUUAAAAAAAAAUCGAACAAUUUAUAAUGA